UACGCGCGCCCCGUCGUGUCGCGUUCGAUCUGUCGUUGGAUGCGCGCGUGAUGAGGGUGACGUGAAGGACCCGUCGAGCGCGGUGCGAGGAACUCGAGGAUUGCGAGGGGGGGGUCACUACCCAAAAUUAACGUGAAUCUCGCCGGCAACUUCCCGGACGCGCCGCUCCUAUUCGGAGCGCGUCUCGCAGGGCUGCCCUUACGUGGAGGAUAGAUUAAAUUAUCGUUAUUAAAUAAUUGAAUAACACGUAUAUCCGGGGCCUCCUCAGUCCUCCUCUGGCCUCGUCAUUUUACGUUUACGCCGUGCCGAUCGUCCCAAGGAUCCGGUGAAUUGACUUUCUCUGGUACCACCGGAAUAUGAACAUUCAGAAAUGGCAAGAAUCGUAGCGUGCAUCGUGUUGGUUUGCCUGAGCGUGUGUUGUAGGUUAUUAAAUGCGGAUAAGAAUAGCGACAACAAUAUCAGUGAUGCGAUACAGAAGUCGAAUUACGAAAGCCCGGAGGUCUUCGGCUUCGCUCACCUAGCGGAGCACUUCGACAGCGAGGAGAGAUUUAGGAAAGCAUGGAUGUUAUCGGAGACGAGGAAGGACGAUAUCGACGAAGAUAUCGCUAAAUACGAUGGAAUCUGGUCCAUCGAGGAACCUAAGAGACACGGCGAGGAUGGAGAUUUAGGAUUAGUCCUUAAGAGCAAAGCUAGACACGCUGCUGUUUCUACUUUAUUAACUAAGCCAUUUUACUUCGAAGACAAGCCCUUGAUUGUACAGUACGAAGUUAAUUUCCAGGAGGGACAGGAGUGCGGUGGUGCCUAUCUUAAGUUGCUUACGCUAGAUAAGCAUGGUGAUUUGAAACAGUUCCAAGAUAAAACACCAUUCACUAUAAUGUUUGGGCCUGAUAAAUGUGGCAAUGAUCACAAGGUCCAUUUUAUAUUUCGACAUAAGAAUCCACUGAACGACACGAUCACCGAGAAACACUGUAAGAAAGCUAAGGACCGAGUGGAGGAUUACUUCAAAGAUAAGCAGCCGCAUUUGUAUACACUGAUCGUACGGCCUGAUAACACUUACGAAAUCAAAGUAGAUAAUAAGCUCCUAAACUCGGGCUCGUUGCUAGACGAUUUUGAGCCCCCUGUGAAUCCGCCUCUGGAGAUAGAGGAUCCCGACGAUAAACAGCCCGAGGAUUGGGACGAUCGGGAAAAGAUUCCCGAUCCGAUGGCAGAGAAGCCCGACGACUGGGACGAGGACGCCCCGGCGCAGAUAGUCGACGAGGAGGACGUUAUGCCGGUGGGCUGGCUCGAGGACGAGCCGCCCAUGAUACCGAAUCCAGAUUCGGUCAAGCCCGACGAUUGGGAUAACGAGAUGGAUGGCGAAUGGGAGGCUCCGGAAGUACCGAAUCCAAAGUGCGAGGACGUUCCUGGUUGCGGACCGUACAAGCAGAAAAUGAAGAAAAAUCCGCGAUAUAAGGGAAAGUGGCUGGCGCCGCUCAUUAACAAUCCUAAUUACAAGGGAAAAUGGAAGCCUAGACUUAUACACAAUCCUGAUUACUUUAAUGAUGAACAUCCGUUCAAGAUGUUGCCAAUUAACGCUGUUGGUUUCGAGCUGUGGUCCAUGUCUCCUGACAUAUAUUUCGACAAUCUAAUUGUGACAAACGAUGAAAAUGUUGCAAAGAAAUGGGCGGCAGAUACUUUUGAGGUUCGACGUGUCAAAAUUGCUGCGGAAAGUUGGAGUAUGUCAAGUAUGUGGGCUCGGCUCGUGAAAUUUACUGCGGACUAUCCAUGGAUGUGGGCAGUGUACUUAUUGCUAAUUGCAAUACCAGUAUCGCUGUUAAUGUAUUAUUGCUGCUUGUCCGAGGAUCCAACAGAUUUUAAAGAUGAAGAAGAAAAGCCACUUUCAGGGAUGGCUGAUGAUCUCGAUGAGGCUAUGGAGAGUAAUGAAAAUCAGCACUCUUUAAAUCUUGAGAUAGAUGAUCAAAAACCUAUUAUAGAAGAAAUAGAAGAUAUAGAGAGAGAGACUGGAACGGAGGAAGUAAUAGAAAGUGAUAAGGAUGCUCCGCUGCUUAGUGGCGAAGGACCACGACGAAGAAAACCAAAUAAAGAAUAGAGAGAAGAAUAAUUAUAAAAAAAUUUAAUAAGAAUAUUAUCGCGCGUUAAGAUAUUUACCCAAUACUAUCACAUUCCACAUUACACUUGCCACUGUAGAUAAUAGGGCCAGUCACUAGCAAAUUCAUUCACUGCAAUGUGAUCGAUAUUUAAUUGCUCGUCUAAGAAUCUUUGACAUUUGAUAUCGUACGAAGUCUUAUAUUAAUAUAAUUGUGAGGAAAUGUGUUUUCAGAUUAUACAUGCGUAUUCUCGGAAAUUUACAAUUAAUGGAGCGUUUCUUUUUUUCCUUUAAAACGAACGAUGUCUUAAUAAUAUAUAGUAUUUAUGUGUUUUUAGCUACAACAUCGUGAAAUGUUGUAACAUUAAAGAACAGCAUUUUACUCAGUUUUAAUGUUACAUAUUUGAUAUUACAGUGGGACAAAUUAGCAAAAGAUAGUAAAGAAGUGAUGAAUGUAAUAUAUGUGAAUGCAAUGUAUGUACAAUUUCACGUCCUAAUGUAACUUAAAACGAAUUUAAUAAUUACUAUAUUCUUCAACUACUAUGGCAGAGUCCAAUUUAAUUGCGAUGCGAUGCAGAUAAUAUUUAUCCACAGAAUGUGCAAAAUCAGCUUGUGUUCCCGUAAUUUUUUAAUCUAUAUAUAUAUAUUCAUAAUCAAUAUAUAUAUAUAUUCAUAAUUUAUAUAUGUAUCAUUUUUUUCUAGCGAUUAUAAAAAAUACCGAAAGAAUACAAUUGACAAGGUAGCUUUUAAAGUCAUUGACGUAAAAUGUAAACGGUAUUUAUCGACCGUACCAUAGUAGUUGAUAGUCAAUGAUUUGUUACUAAUUAUUUGGUGUAAUAUUCACGAACUUUAAUGUGUUAAAUGAGUUAUUUAAGUUAGAGAUAAAUCCAUAUGGUACAUAUUGUAAUCAGGUACUACGUUGUUUGUGUAUUGAUCGAUUGCGAAACGAAAUAAAAUUCGAAGAAAUAUA